AUGAACACCCCUAGGAUCUUCUCGAGCCGCAAUUCGGAAGCUUUCGCUCUUGUCCGCAGUGAUGGAUCGGUCGUGACCUGGGGCGAGAGUGCUCGUGGGGGUGAUUGCAGCGGAGUCCAAGAGCAGCUGUACAACGUGGAGGAGAUCCAAUCCAACAAGGGCGCCUUUGCCGCCCUUCGAGGGGACGGCUGUGUCGUGACCUGGGGAAGUUCCUCAUUCGGCGGUGACAGCCAAGCGGUCCAGGACCAGCUGCAGAACGUGCGGCAGAUCUGCGCGGCGUACAGCGCUUUCGCGGCCUUGCGGGAGGAUGGAAGCGUGAUCACUUGGGGGCGAGGCGGCGACUGCGCCUGUGUCCGCGCUCGGCUAAAGGACGUGGUGCGGAUCGAAGUCAGCGAAUCCUGGUUUGCAGCCCUCCUGUCGGAUGGCUCUGUGGUUUCCUGGGGACCCUCGGGAAAGGCGCCCAUGCCGGCUGAGGUGCGCGGGGUGGCAAAGAUUCGAGCCACCCAGAUGGCUUUUGCCGGCAUACGUGCAGAUGGCUCGGUGGUCACCUGGGGCGACCGCCGCUUCGGAGGGGACUCUUCUGCGAUCCAGGAUGAGCUGCGGGACGUGCAGGAGGUUUGUGGCACUUCCGGGACUUUUGCGGCCUUGCGUGCGGACGGCCGGGUGGUGACAUGGGGUCAGCCGAAAGGCGACGGCAGCCAUGUUCAGGAUCAGCUACAGGACGUCCAGGCGCUGCAGGCAACUACCGGAGCUUUCGCGGCUUUGCUUGGAGAUGGCACCGUUGUGACCUGGGGUGACAAAAGUAUGGGUGGGGACAGCAGCAGCGUUCGCGAAGGAAAGGUCAUGAAGGGCACGGCGAUGAAGGCCAAGGCCAAGGCCACAAGCAAGGCCGGGGAACCGGCGCCUUCGGCGCCGAAGGAUCCCGAAAAGGAGGCCCUGUGGAUGUGCCAGCAGCUCUCGGAUGGAACGAUGAGCCCUGAAAGUCUCACGCGCGGCUACGUACUUCUCAGGCAUGAGGCCAAGAAGUGGGUGAACUUGCCCAAAGUUAAGGAGCUGGUGAGUCGUUUGAAGCAGCCGGCGGAUAAUUGGCAUCAUUUCAUGUUCGCACACGUGUGCUCCUUCAUGAUCGACGGCAUCCUUGAAGAUGGUAAGGCGUACAAGGUCCUCUUUUCAGAUGAGAAGGACACGCACUUCUUCUCUUGUGGCGUGGAGGACGGCCAUUUCAUUCGAGAUGGGGCAAAUCUCUUUCGCGAGUUCCUGGAAGAUUACGAAGUGCGUGAUUUCGAGGCUGCUAUCAAGGGUAAAUCUUCUGACAUGAAGUUGCUAGAAAACUUGUUGGUUAAGUUCGCACACCUGCCACAGGAAACUUUAGCGAGUUGA